AUGGCCGAGGACUCGAGGCGAGGGGAUGAGGACGAGCGGGGUCCCGGGGCGCAGUACCACAUGUUCGUGGUAAUGGAGGACUUAUUGGAUAAGCUAAAAUUGCUCGAUUAUGAAGAAGAAAUCCUGGCCAAACAUAACAUGAAAGCUCUCUCCAGGCAUUAUUUUGCAUCCAGUCAUUACGUGCCUUCAAACCCAGGAGAGCAGUUCUACAUGUUCAGUCUGAUCUCAGCCUGGCUGAUUAACCUGUGUGCUCGACCGUUUGACACCCCGCAAGAAUAUAACGACCCAAAUGCCACCAUCGCCAACAUCCUCGCAGAACUCAGAGCUCUGGGGGGGCAGGUGGACUUCCCUCCGUCUAAACUGAAGUCCGGCUGUGGGGAACACGUGUGUUACGUGCUGGACAGCCUUGCAGACGCAGCUCUGAGGAAGAGUGGCUUCGUGUGGAGGAAGCCGCUCUACUCCACAGAGGAUCAGGAGGAUGAGUGUGUGAUGGAGGAUGAUGCUGAACUCACACUCAGUAAAAUGGAGGAGGAGAUGACAGAGGAAGCUGAUGAUUAUGAGGAAGAGGAUGGCAUUGAUUUGGAGGCUCUGAAGGCUCGGACCAAUCAAAACGAAGCUGGAGGCUCUAGGCCGGAGAUGAUCCUGGAGUCUGUGACAGAUGCUGCUGAGUGGAACCUGGAGGUGGAGAGAGUUUUACCACAGCUCAAAGUCACUGUCAGAAUGGACAACAAGGACUGGAGGAUCCAUGUGGACCAAAUGCACCAGCACCAGGAGGGGAUUCAGACAUCUCUAAAGGAGACAAAAGGCUAUCUGGAUAAACUGCAGGAGGAGAUCAGUAAGACUCUGGAGAAAGUGAACAGCCGAGAGAAAUACAUCAAUACGCAGCUGGAACAUCUCAUUACAGAUUACCGCAGUGCCCAAUCAAAACUCAGUGAGGCUAAGGAGCUCUAUCAGCAGGGCAGUGGUGGUGUGACUGAGAGGACGCGGAUACUGGCAGAGAUCAGUGAGGAGUUAGAGAGAGUCAAACAGGAGAUGGAGGAGAAAGGCAGCAGCAUGUCUGAUGGAGCACCUGUAGUGCGAAUCAGGCAGAGUCUGACGAAACUGAAGCAGGAGAUCCAGCAGAUGGACGUUCGCAUGGGUGUCGUCGAACAGACGCUGCUACAGGCCCAACUCAAAGAGAAGAACAACAUGACCAGAGACAUGCAUGCCACGCACAUACCAGAACCCAGCAUACACACCUAUUAA